GCAGGUUAACAGUCAUGCUAUCUGGCAGGUUAACAGUCAUGCUAUCUGGCAGGUUAACAGACAUGCUAUCUGGUAGGUUAACAGUCAUGCUAUCUGGCAGGUUAACAGUCAUGCUAUCUGGCAGGUUAACAGACAUGCUAUCUGGCAGGUUAACAGACAUGCUAUCUGGCAGGUUAAAACUCAUGCUAUCUGGCAGGUUAACAGACAUGGUAUCUGGCUGGUUAACAGUCAUGCUAUCUGGCAGGUUAACAGACAUGCUAUCUGGCAGGUUAACAGACAUGCUAUCUGGCAGGUUAAAACUCAUUCUAUCUGGCAGGUUCACAGUCAUGCUAUCUGGCAGGUUAAAACUCAUGCUAUCUGGCAGGUUCACAGUCAUGCUAUCUGGCAGGUUAACAGUCAUGCUAUCUGGCAGGUUAAAACUCAUGCUAUCUGGCAGGUUAACAGUCAUGCUAUCUGGCAGGUUAAAACUCAUGCUAUCUGGUAGGUUAACAGUCAUGCUAUCUGGUAGGUUUAAACUCAUGCUAUCUGGCAGGUUAAAACUCAUGCUAUCUGGCAGGUUAAAACUCAUGCUAUCUGGUAGGUUAACAUUCAUGCUAUCUGGCAGGUUAACAGUCAUGCUAUCUGGUAGGUUAAAACUCAUGCUAUCUGGCAGGUUAACAGUCAUGCUAUCUGGUAGGUUUAAACUCAUGCUAUCUGGCAGGUUAACAGUCAUGCUAUCUGGCAGGUUAACAAUCAUGCUAUCUGGCAGGUUAAAACUCAUGCUAUCUGGCAGGUUAACAAUCAUGCUAUCUGGUAGGUUAACAGUCAUGCUAUCUGGUAGGUUAACAGUCAUGCUAUCUGGUAGGUUAAAACUCAUGCUAUCUGGCAGGUUAAAACUCAUGCUAUCUGGCAGGUUAAAACUCAUGCUAUCUGGUAGGUUAAAACUCAUGCUAUCUGGCAGGUUAACAGUCAUGCUAUCUGGCAGGUUCACAGUCAUGCUAUCUGGCAGGUUAAAACUCAUGCUAUCUGGCAGGUUAAAACUCAUGCUAUCUGGUAGGUUAAAACUCAUGCUAUCUGGCAGGUUAACAGUCAUGCUAUCUGGCAGGUUAACAGUCAUGCUAUCUGGCAGGUUCACAGUCAUGCUAUCUGGCAGGUUAAAACUCAUGCUAUCUGGCAGGUUAACAAUCAUGCUAUCUGGUAGGUUAACAGUCAUGCUAUCUGGUAGGUUAACAGUCAUGCUAUCUGGUAGGUUAAAACUCAUGCUAUCUGGCAGGUUAAAACUCAUGCUAUCUGGCAGGUUAAAACUCAUGCUAUCUGGUAGGUUAAAACUCAUGCUAUCUGGCAGGUUAACAGUCAUGCUAUCUGGCAGGUUCACAGUCAUGCUAUCUGGCAGGUUAAAACUCAUGCUAUCUGGUAGGUUAACAGUCAUGCUAUCUGGUAGGUUAAAACUCAUGCUAUCUGGUAGGUUAAAACUCAUGCUAUCUGGCAGGUUAAAACUCAUGCUAUCUGGUAGGUUAACAGUCAUGCUACCUGGCAGGUUAACAGUCAUGCUAUCUGGCAGGUUCACAGUCAUGCUAUCUGGCAGGUUCACAGUCAUGCUAUCUGGCAGGUUAACACUCAUGCUAUCUGGUAGGUUAACAGUCAUGCUAUCUGGUAGGUUAAAACUCAUGCUAUCUGGCAGGUUAAAACUCAUGCUAUCUGGUAGGUUAAAACUCGUGCUAUCUGGUAGGUUAACAGUCAUGCUAUCUGGCAGGUUAAACAGUCAUGAUAUCAGUCUACCUUCUGGAUUUAUAACUGCUACUGCAACUUGACAAGCUCUGUUUUUACCAACAUCAACUCUUAUCCAUCUUUGUUGUUGCAUUCACUGAUUUAAUUCUUCCUAAACCUGUUACUGGUUGUUGUUGACUAGGGUUGAAGCAAAACUGAAAUAAAAUGAUUAAUUAUUCUAUAUGUGCUUUGUGGACUUGGAGAAAGAGUUUCAACCAUGUCCCCCGGGAACUCCUGUGGGGGGUGCUCCAGGAAUAUGGGGUGUCAGACACCACUGUAGGAACUAUCCGGUCCCUGUACAACCGGUGCCAGAGCUUGGUCCCCAUUCCCGGCAGUAAAUCAAAUUUGUUUCCAGUGCGGGUUGGACUCCGCCAAGGCAGCCCUUUGUCACCGAUUCUGUUCAUAACUUUUAUGUAAGUAUUUUCUAGGUGCAGCCGAGGUGUUGAGGGGAUCCGGUUUGGUAGCCUCAGGAUUGGGUCUCUGCUCUUUGUGGAUGAUGUGGUUCUGUUGGCUCCAUUGGGCCGUGAUCUUCAGCUCUCACUGGAGUGAUUUGCAGCCAAGUGUGUGCAUCGGUCUGUGGAAAAGCUCUUGAUUUACCGAUCAAUCUACACUCUGACCCUCAUCUAUGGUCACAAACUGAGGGUAGUGACCGAAAGAACAGUGCCGAAUACAAGCAGCCAAAAUUUUUUUUCCCGCAGGGUAGCCGGGCUCUCCCUUAGAGACAGGGUGA